AAGCUGGCGCAGGGUCACAAGAGAUCCACAAAGAGCUUACAGAACCCAUCGGAUCGCCUCGGAAUUUUGACAGCAGGUACCUGAUCUGGUUGUUACCGCUUACAGGCACAAUCUGGUAUAGCUAUCGCUGCAUAGCGAGCCGGUAUAUGUCCAGCGGCGAUCAAGAGCAGCGUCCCCGCCACGACGAUGAUACCAGGCAUCUCCUCGGUCCUGCGUAGAGACAAGAGACAAGGCGACAGCAAUAACCCCACGUCUCCAUCAGCCACCUCACCUCCCUUUCCGGCCUCUUCAUCCUCAAGCUCCAUCACAUCUCACUUCAGUCUGACCAACCAAAUGCCCCGUACAAGUUCUGGAACGUCUACACCCUCCGCAUCAGGUCAGUCAGGGAGUGGGAGCGCGCGACGUGCUGCUGCGGUGGUUGCUUCGGCCAGGGAUGCUGCGGCCGCAGCAUCAAGUAAUCGCGACUCACGUGGAGGCUUCAGAAGCACAUCUCCACCUCCAAGCGCCGGCUCUCAAGCAAGCUAUCAGUCGGGACAACAUUUUGAUAGCACGGGUGCCCCCAUGCUGCCAGAAGAAUUGAGAGCGAGAGAGAAAGAAAAAGAAAGGGCGAUGAGAGCUCAGAUCAGUGCUGGACCGGCGUCCUCCCAUGCACCUUCCUCUCAUCCUCAUGGUCCAAGGGCCCCGAGUCAGGGCUCAGUAGCUUCGAGCUCGCGAGUUUCCAAUCAGCCAGGAGAAGAAGGACCUGGUGUAAAUCGCAGUGGCAGUAGAGAUCCAAAUCACAUGGAAUCAUCUACGACGCGUCUGCUUGUGGCAACCAAGAAGUUGUUGGAAGCUCUGACUUUGUGGAGCACAGGCGAGAGAACUGAGACGUACGUCAGCGAUGUUUACGUUAGGCUCGGCAACGAUUUCAAUAAUGCUAGCGCGAUCUACACUCGGUAUGGCAUCGACAUGAGCCUUCACGAUGACGAUGCCAUCUCCAGUGAUCUUGUGUCGGUGCCCGACGACCUGCGCUACUGUCUGGAGGAGUGUCUCUCUGCGCCAGGAUCGCAGCAAGCACUCGACCAACAUCUUCCUCGGGUGCGAGAGAUCAUCAUCAGGCUGCUGCAAGGUCUGAAGCUGAAGCAGGCCGAUUACAAAAAGACAGCAGAGCUGCGUAAAGCUGCACGAAGGGAGAGGGAGCGUACAAGAGGCUCUCGAUCCGAGCGCGUAGGCUUCAGCGAAGGCGCAGUCGGGCUUGAGGCGGAAGCGAGUGCGGAGGAUUCUUUGGCCGAAAGUAAUACGAGGCCAGAGGCGCCAGCUCGUAGUACUUCGGAUGGCCAGCCUGCUCGUCGCAGUGCUGUUGGGCGUCGGCCUGCUGCUGCUCCGCCUGUGGAUCGUCGAGAAAGCCGGUCGACGCCAGCUGCACAGGACGCAGAGAGCGGCAGUAGUGAUACGACGAGAAGACGCAGUGGAGCCAGACGACCAGAAGCUCUCGACCCCGUCGAAAGAGCGCGACUGGCGGCGCAAGCGAUUGGCGACGAGGACGGGGUCGAAGGAGCUGCGCGCGACUUAGACGAGACUUCCAUCCGGGCGCAAAGUGCCCCAGAGGAGGAGAGGGCUCCGGAGAGUGCCGUGCGGCAUUCGCUCGUGGACACACCGACUCCUAAAUCAUCCACCGAUGCUGCGCUUGUGCAGCAUCAGGAAAGCGCCGCCCAGGAGGGAAUGACACCAUCAUCGUCUGUGACGGGGAACAUGUCCGCACAGCUCUCGGUACCACCAUCUGCAUCUUCAUCGCGCGGCCCUCCCAGCUCGGCUCGGCGAGCGCACGCCGCUGUUGCAGCAGCCUUGGAAGCGGAGGCUGACCCCAGCUUGCGGGCUUUGAAAUCCAGAGACGCACUGGAGCGGCGCGCUUCUAAGCGCUUUAGUGCAUAUACCUUCAAUAAGAUGGGGCUCGGUACGCCCCAGUCUUUUGGUCUGGGUAGCCUUGGCAUGAGCGCGCUCGGUGCUGGAAGCAGUCCGGCCAACAGUCCCCUGGCGGAUCGGCGGGUGUCGAGUCAGAGAAAUGCCAGCUCCGCGAUUAGACGGCCGAAUGGAUCGAGAGCCGGCAGCGCAGUACCUGGAGAGGCAAGCGACUACCUUUCAGCCGGUCGUGCGAUGCCGGAACCUCCCCACUCUCCCGAAGCGCUUGAAGAGCUCAGGUCCCAGAAGAGUUCGAUGGAGACAAGGACGACCAGUCCGAGAGGAGCAAACCGAUUGCUAGCAGCCACAGCCGGAGAUGUAGCUGCUAGUUCCACCGAGAGCUUGCCGUUUGUGGACGCGCAAGGGCCUGUGAGCCCACGCGUUCGAGAUGACGCCGACGCUGUGCCACCUGUUCCUCCUUUACCAACUGCUGAGGAGAGGCGUCGUCUUGACGCUGCUCAGCGUCGUGCGGAGAAUGGCACCUCAUUCUCUGGCACACAAAGAUCCUCAGCCGUCGAAGCAUCUGCCUCGACUCUGUCUCUAUUUCUACAGCUUGGUCGGCAAACCCGGCGAGCCAUCGUGGACCUUGAUCCCAGCGCGACAGACAGAGGUCUUAACGUUGUAAAGCUGCGGAUGCUGUUCAUGGACCGAUUUAGCUACUCGCCGGGUAGCGAAGACUUUCCGGUAAUCUACGUCAAAGAUUUGGCGAGCGGAGUCAGCUACGAAUUGGAAGACUUUGCGGACCUGCAAGAUGGCAGUUUGUUGACGCUGAAUAUCGAGCCUCUAGACCAGGUCAAGCAACAUUUGGACAACUCGUUGAGCGUCAUUACACGAGAGCUUCGAGACUUGAAGGCAGCCGUAUUUGAGCGCGAUCGCGUGGACGCACUUCGCCGCACCAGCAUCAGCUAUGGGCCCGACGCUUUGGCCGCGGUGGCGGCCGCUGCAAACGCUGCCUCGCAAAGUCCUGCGCGCAUCACCGACUCGCAGUUCACCUCGGCUGGUGCGCGGGUAGCCCAACUCAAACGUGCGAACACUUUGGCUCGAGCUAAUGGUACUGCGAAAGACGAAGCGAAUGUGCCUGUCUCGCCAACACUGAGCUCUGCCUCUGUAGGAUCGGCUACGCCUAGCGGCGCAAAGGUGGCGACGGAGCUCAAGACGCAGUACGAAGAGGUUCAGAGUUUGAGGAGAGAGCUGGCAGUGAUGAGACAGAUUCAAGGAGACUUUGGAUCAGACGUGACUGCACUCCUCAAAAAUUUGCGCGAACAAGCUUCUCACGUUCGCGCCAUUGCGACCAAAGAAGCUCCUGCUGAGCGCAACUUCAUCGUCGCUGGCAAGAUCAAGCUGGAAAAUAAUUCUCAGGAAGUCCUUACGCUCGUCGAAGACCUGCAGGAUACGGUGGACGAUCUCAAAAUGGACGUGAUUAACCGAGGCGUCAAGCCCAAGCCUGCCACGAUGAAAAAGCUAGGAGAUGAUAUGGCGCGUGCACAUUUUGGUUUGGAAGACUUGGAGAAGUAUGUCACCACCGUGGAGCCGUCGUGGAGGCAGACGCACAGCGCCGAGCUAAGGAACGUGAUGGAGGAGCAAGAAUUCUUAAACUUCCAGACGGGCAUGAUUGCGGAUUUGAGGGAAGACUUUUUGGCGAUGAAGGAGGUCUACGAGAACAUACAGCAGGUGAUCAAGCUGAGGGGCGUUGGCCGACCUGCUGGUGCUGGUAAGGGCGGAUAUUUGCCGCCACCACCCGAAGAGGGCCACGAAGGGCUGAACACGGUCAUGCUGGAGGUCAGAGGCCAGUCUGUAGAUCACGAAAAGCGCUUGAAAGCGCUCGCCAAUGCCGAGCGAUUACGAGCCAAAGAGCUUGCUUCCCGCACGGACGACUUUCAAGAAGAGCUGGCUGGCUUUGUGGACGGCAAAGCUUUGCGAAAGACGGGAGGUCACGCGGAAGCCGAGAGGGUGCGAUCCAAGAGGGACAAGCAAACACUAUUGGCAAUGUUUAGUGGUGGAGCCGAUAACGUUGGAGGUGCUCCUACUUCAGCCGGAUCGACCACUUCGGACGCUAAACCUCCUUCCAGACUCGUGCUUGGCAAAGGCAAGGGCGUGGCCGAAUCGAACGACAAUUUGACGCGACAAGACUCGGUCGGUAGCUUGGCUACCUCGGCAACUACCCAUCAGUGACCUCCAUCCUGGCCUUGCGUUCUUCGCGCUCGAUCAGGCCACCAAGCUGCCUUGACUUCGCUCACUCGCAUUUGAUAGAGACGUAU